CAGUAGGGCGGCGCACGCCCAGGCACAUGCAGAGCGCACAUGCACCGUGGCUUUACUAAACGCGUAGCACCGUCAGAUGAGCGCAUCAAAUCUCCCCUCAGCUCUAGAUACCGGCCAAUGAGAACGCAUUAUAGAGUAAAGGGUUAAAGGAGAGUUCAAAUGGGACAUAUAGUGAGAUGAGAUAUACAUCCAAACAGACACAACAGAAGUUGAGUGAGGACGCAGAAGCGAGUCACAUUUUUUUAAGUCACCUGAAAACGUGAUUGAUGUGGAAGUGAGUGCGUGUAUUAUUUGAUCUAGUUUACAGUUCAGUUCAUCCUCGGAGAUGCUGAUGGAGCUGUGAAUUAUUGGGAUUUUUAAAAUUAGAAUCACUUGUUCUCUGCUCGCGACACUCCCUUCCGCUGAACCAAGCAACUCACUAGCACAGUGCAGAACGGAUCCAGGUAGCAUGCAAUAAUAAUAUAUCCUGCACACCUGAGACAGUUGGACAUAACUGUUCUGCAUAGAAUACAGCUGGACAUAACCGUGCUUACAGUAUACUACAGUGUUCUGUCGUUGACAGAUCAAUACUAUUGUCUUCAACUGUGCGCUCGUUCCAUGGGUCAGGUAUUUUACGCACAGGUAGUUCUCGACUAUCACCUGUCUGUAGUUUAGUAUUGAUCCUGCAUAUUGACAUUCAGAAGCAGCUGUAUAUUGACAAGUCGAGCUUCAUUCAUCACAGCAAACAAGACACAUCAAGAAACAUGGACAGUCCCGGUGGUGGUGUUAUUCUGUAUGCGGGCUCCUCUGGCAGUGCCAGCCCAGGCAGCCCCUCCAGUGGGUACCAGACCGAGUCCCCCCCCUCCUCCCACUCCCAGCCCUCCUCCCCAGAGGAGAUCACCUUCACAGAGCUCGGGCACCUGGGGUCCCUGAAGGGCCAGAGGGGAGGAAGAUGUACCCCUCCAUCUUCCAAACUGGUGUUCCAGUUCCCAGAAGUCUACAAUGUGGCUACAUCAACAUCAACAUCCACCCACCAGGACACCUACCAACACCCCAUCGCUGGGACAAGACCAUGUGGAUUCACAGGAACUUUCACCAAGGCUGGUGGGAUGGUGCUUCUGUGCAAAGUGUGUGGAGACAUUGCAUCUGGGUUCCACUACGGAGUGCACGCCUGUGAGGGUUGCAAGGGUUUCUUCCGUCGCAGCAUCCAGCAGAAUAUCAACUACAAGAUGUGUGUGAAGAACGAGAACUGUCUCAUUAUGAGAAUGAACCGCAACCGCUGCCAACACUGUCGCUUCAAGAAAUGCCUCUUCGUUGGCAUGUCCAGAGAUGCUGUGCGUUUUGGCCGUAUCCCUAAGAGGGAGAAGCAGAGGCUUCUGGAGGAGAUGCAAAGCUACAUGAACAGCCUGAACGAGUCUAACACCACCAUGGACGUAGACUCCUCCCCUAUCUCCGAAGCCCCUCCCAGCCCAGCAGAGGUUCCCUCUAAAGAGGCAAUCAGAGCCAUCUCACGGUCCUAUCAGGACAUUUUCGCCAGCAGCCAAGGCAGGGCAGCCAAGUUGGGCAUCAACAUCAAUAACAACAAUAACAACCUCCCAACAUCCUGCCCCUUCAAGAGUUACGCAUCUCAGGAGACCUCCCACGGCUCCCCCCACUCCGGCUCUACCCAAGGGUAUCAGUCCUGUCCUGCAGGCCCCGCCCCUUGCUGCUCAGUAACCAAUAACAACCUCCCAACAUCCUGCCCCUUCAAGAGUUACGCAUCUCAGGAGACCUCCCAUGGCUCCGCCCACUCCGGCUCUACCCAAGGGUUUCAGUCCUGUCCUGCAGGCCCCGCCCCUUGCUGCUCAGUAACCAAUGACAACCACCGUACAUUCCCUUCUGUGGACAACUGUUGCUAUAGUUACCCUGCGACAUCCAAUCAGAAUCAUGGACAGUCCAAUAUCGACACCCCUCAACGGGGCAGCUCGACCAAUCACAACUGUUUAUCCAUUAAGGAAGAGACCCAAGAGAACCAAACUCAGACUUCCUGUCCAUGGAAGUUAGCAGCGGGCACCAAAGUGCUGGCUUGUCCUCUCAAUGCGUGUCCUGUCUCUGCGGCCAGUCGUUCCGACCAGCAGGUAUGGGAGUCUUUCUCCCAGUGUUUCACCCCAGCAGUGAGGGAAGUGGUGGAGUUCGCUAAGGGCAUUCCUGGCUUCCAGGAGCUCAGCCAGCACGACCAGGUCAUGCUGCUCAAAUCAGGCACCUUCCAGGUGUUGAUGGUGAGGUACUGCACCCUGUUCAACCCUGAGGAGAGGACGGUGACUUUCCUGAACGGCCAGACGUACCCUCUGUCCUCCCUGCGGGCGCUGGGGAUGGGGGCGCUGCUCACCUCCAUGUUUGACUUCAGUGAGAAGCUGGGAACUCUAAGGCUGGAGCCUGAAGAGAUGGCUCUGUUCAUGGCCGUCGUGCUGGUCUCUGCAGACCGUUCAGGCAUCGCUGACAUGGGUGCAGUGGAACAGCUCCAGGAAGGGUUGAUCCGUGCCAUGCGUUCUCUCAUCCACCGCCGUCGUCCUGAAGAGAGCGCUGCCAUAUUCCCCAAGCUGCUCCUGCGCCUGCCCGACCUGCACACCCUCAACAACCUGCACUCAGACAAGCUGCUGGCCUUCCGCAUUGACCCCUGAACAGCCCUGAACACACACACACAGCCAAUCACAACUUGCCCACCACCAAUUUCUAGGGCAGGACUUUCCAGAGACUUUCCAUGAGAAGAACAAUGAUGACUUGGGCAAAUCAAAAAAUAUAUAUUCAAGAAGCAUGUUUGAAAAAAUACAAUAUUGAACAGAUUUUGAUCGUCAUCCUGUUUUCAUGCACACUUAAAAACACACACACACACACACACACACACACACACACACACACACACACACACACACACACACACACACACACACACACACACACACACACACACACACACACACACACACACACACACACACAAAUAACCUCAAGAUCUCCACUUGUUGAAAGAUGGUCUGUUAGAACAUAGUGUUUUACGCUCACCGUUACCCUCCUGGGCAGAUUCAUGUGUAUUGCUGUUUACCCAGAGACCAAAAGACUGUUUGUUAACUUACUUGUUUAACUCAUUCCUAAUCUACUGACCAUCGCCAAACCACAGUUGAGAGAGAAUCAAAGAUGUUGUUUGUGGACAAUGAUGUGUCAGGAACCAUUAUUGGUGACUGAAUGUGUGGAGGUUUAAUGUGUGAAUAAGAGAAAGAGAUCCUGUAUAUAUAAUAAUACAUAGAUCAACUUUAUACUUAAGAUUAUAUAACUUCCAUUUCACUUACAAAUACGUUUGGGGUUUAAAUAUGCAAUUAAGUCUAUAUAUUCAACAGCCUUGGAUUUCAUAUAGAAAUGCUAUUUUCUGUGUAUUGUUACAUCUGCAUCAGGUUUAAUGGAGACAGAGACAGCACUGUGUCUCCAAGCUUGUUGUGUUUUGUACUCCAUUUUGUUCAGGUGAUUUUGUUGUUGUAAAUAAUACAUUGUCUUAUUCAAAUAAUAACAAUAUAUGGUGGAACUGCUGGGCAAAAUCACAGUACAUAAGACAAGUUUAUGGAUUAGAGCCUAUAGAAAUGUUAUUGACUCUCUAUAAGGUGGGGGUUGGCAAUGAAGAAGUGGGCUAUGCACUGGAGAAAGUCAUGUUGGAGAGGGCUCUGUAUUGUAUUGGUGAAAGGGAUGUGCCAUUAGCAGACACUUAUCCAGAGUAGAGUAGUGAGUGCAUGCAUUUUCAUAACUCACAAAGGUGUCAGAUCAGAUCUCAUAUUGAAUCAAACCAGCAGAAUCCCUGAAUUCACCAGCUCUCCUCACUCCGCACAUUCUCCCCUAUCCCAAUCCCCAAGGUUUGUCAUACAAACUGAAAAAGAGACUCGGGGUGAAUAAGGAUCUUACCUGAUUGCUCCAGAUCUGAGCACAUCUAUUGCUUGUAAAUGUUGUUUCUUCUUGUUCUUCCACAGAAAUGAUAUAAAGAUGAAAUUAUGUACCUAUUGAA